AUGCAGCCUAAUUACGCGCGAGGCUACCCCCAGGGGUCUAUGAAGUCUCCUGCCGCGACACGUCGCGCCGCUGGUCCAGCUGGCGCAAUGCCAGUCCCAAUGCCUCAGCAUGCGAUGAACCCACAGUACUUGGCCGCGCAGCGCACAAUCCCCCAUCCAAAUGACGCGGCUCUUCGCCGUAGCCGCAAACCAACUGACAAGAACAUGCCCGAGGGUCUUGACGAGAUAGUCAUUGGCGACGGUGUCGGGCAAUACAAUAACCUUCGUGAUCUGGAAAAGCGAUUGGAUGCGGCGAUCGUUCGAAAGCGCUUGGAUAUUCAAGACUCCAUCAGCAAAACUGUGAAGAAAUAUCGGACUCUUCGGGUGUGGAUUACGAACACUGUCGAAAAUCAACCUUGGCAAGGAGCAAGUGGCAACCCUGGUUCUGGGCGCUUCAAGGUGCGCAUUGAGGGUCGGCUACUAGAUGAUCACAAUGACCCUACUGUGCCAGAGGAUGAAGAUGAGUCAUCAAAGGGCGACAACGAGGAUGGGGUUAGGGAUAGUCAAGGCGGUUCCUCACAAGCCGGGGCCAGGAAACCCUCACAGCGACUGUCACACUUCUUUAAAUCCAUCACUGUCGAUUUCGAUAAAUCGGCAAAUAAUGCCGGUGAGGUCAAGCCUGUCGCAUGGAAUAAGCCCCAGGCAUCCGGUAAUUCGACGACACCGUCAAAUGCCGAAUUCGACAGCAUCCAAUUCUCGCGCAGCUCGCAAGAAAAUGUUAAUGUCACCAUCAGUCUGGUGCGGGACGAGACACCCGAGCGAUACAAGUUGAGCAAGGAGCUUUCCGAAGUUCUGGACGUGGAAGAAGAGACUCGAAGCGGGAUCGUACUUGGCAUCUGGGAUUAUAUCCGUGCUAUGGGACUUCAGGAGGAUGAGGAGAAGCGACAAGUCCGCUGUGACCAUCGCCUUCGAGCUAUCUUCGGUCGCGAUCAAAUGUUCUUUCCUCAGAUUCCCGAAAGCAUAGGGCCUCACACUAGCCCUAUGGACCCAAUCAAAUUACCUUACACCAUUCGCGUCGAUGAAGACUUUCACAAAUCCCCUACUCCCACCAUCUAUGAUAUUCAGGUCGCCGUUGAAGACCCCCUGCGCCAGAAAAUGAUGGCUCUUACCCAAAAUCCCCAAUACACAGCUGGUCUCCGACAAAUUGCCGCUUUGGAUGACCAGGUUGCACUAAUCAUCCAGGCUCUCACCCAUUCGCGUGCGCGCCACGCCUUCUACAAGGCUCUCGGCAACGAUCCUGCUACUUUCCUCCGCCGCUGGACCAACUCUCAGCGCCGGGAUCUUGAGAUGAUCAUCGGCGACGCCAAUGGUGUGGGUGAUGGCAGUGGUCCUGAGUUCCGUCGUGGGGGCCCGGAAAGCGCGUGGGAGACUCCCGUUGCGAAGGAGGCAGUACGCUACAUGUUGGCCAAACCCGAGGCUGCUGCACCGCGUUGA